AUGGACGCCUCAGAGCACGAUCUCGAUGCGAAACUUUACAAAGCAUCAGGCACCCUAUUGCUUGAAUUGCAGCACAAGCUGCCAUCGCUGGUGUACAAUGUCAAAAAGUCGCCUCGAAAGCCUCGUCUUUUCGUGAUAGACCACAAAUGCUCCGAGUUGGCAAUACUUCUCGAUCGUUUCCAAGAAUGGCCCCAGCUCUUGGAUCCUCAUCUUGCAGGGUUUGUGCAGCCUUUAGCUAAUGCCUUUCUCCAUUAUCUCGUAAACGAGAGCGAUCAUUAUUGCCCAUCGAGGAAGCAAGGAUACAGCAGCAUUUCGCCAUUGCCACGUGCGAUAUGUCGUCUGCUGUACGCCUUUUGCAAGGUCAGGGGCUACAAGGUCAUCGUCCGAUUGCUGAACAAUGAGCCCAAGUACUUGGCUCCAAUGUUAUCGACCUUCAAAGCAUGGUCCACCACGUCGCUGGGCAUGACUUGGGAAGAACGCUAUCUAAUGAUGUUGUGGUUGUCUCACCUGAUGCUUGCGCCCUUCGAGCUGGCGAACAUGUCCAUCGCUAGUGGCUUCGACGACUCAAAAACGCCAGCUAGUCUGGGUGACCUCCCUGACAGUGCCUCCAAUAUUGUAUCUGUGGCUUUGACCCAACUUGAAAGUCCUGGAAAAGAACGUGAAGCAGCAAGCGUCUUGUUAGUACGCUUGAGCCUUCGCAUCGAUAUGCGGUCUCACAAUCUGGUUCAAAGACUUGUCGACCACGCUACUCAGAAGCUGCUCUACGACGAUGAACUUGUUUCAAUAAGCCCUUACAAGGCCCUGGGCUGCUUGUCGCUUUUAUACGGGAUUGCGAAUACUAGCUCUGAUAGUGAAGCUGCUCCAUACCUUGAAAAGCUUUUCCAAAGCAUGCUCAAAUUGAUCACUAGUCAGCAAAAGCUGCAUGUUGCGAUUCGGGAUUCGGCCCCUGCAAGAAAAUGGAUCUUGAAGAUCCUGAAAGCUAUACUCACACAUGUCGUGUCGCCGCAUGGGAGCAAAGGUCUAGUCUCUGACGAAACUGUGACCUCGAUGUUGGAAGAGAGCAUUCAGUACUUUCUGGACAAUCUAAGUGACAAGGACACGCCUGUUAGGAUGGCCGCAGCCAAGGCACUGAGUCUAGUCACUCUCAAGCUCGAUCCUGCCAUGGCCACCGCAGUCGUCGAAGCAAUACUAGAGUCUCUUCAAGAGAAUGUGUUACUGGAGGAUCCUGAGACUCACAAACUCAUACCACUUACAGACAGGACCAAAUCCGAGAUAACAAGUGCGAGAAGGGACGUCAGUGCUGUUGAUCCAUUGAAGUGGCAUGGCUUGAUGUUGACUCUCGGUCACCUCCUCUUCCGACGAUCUCCGCCACCUGACAAUCUUUCAGACAUAAUCCAAGCUCUAAUCCUCGGCCUAGAGUUCGAGCAGAGAUCAAAUGUGGGGACUUCAGUUGGAGUCGGCGUCCGUGAUGCGGCUUGCUUUGGAGUAUGGGCGUUGGCACGAAAGUACAGCACCCACGAACUCAGUCUGGUAGCAGUAUCUGGGUUCGCCGAAGCAGCCUUGGACGAAUAUGCGGAUUGCCAAAGCGUCCUGCAACUGCUAGCAAUCAAGUUGACCAUCCCUGCCUGCUCUGAUCCAUCCGGGAAUAUCCGGAGAGGAUCCUCAGCUGCUCUUCAGGAACUCAUUGGGCGACAUCCGGAUACCAUCCUCCAUGGCAUAUCCGUUGUCCAGAUCGUCGACUAUCAUGCUGUUGCCCGGUUGUCUCGGGCCAUGACAGAAGUUGCCCCACAAGCAGCAGCGCUUGACCGCAAAUACCACAGACCUCUACUGCGAGCUCUCCUUGACUGGCGUGGUGCUAGAGCCAUAGACGUCAGUCAGCGUCGUUGGGGUGCGACGGCCGUUAGCACCCUUACGGCGUCCUUGACCCUUGCCGAGCUUUCACGUCUAGUCCAGAUGAUUCUUCGGCAGCUGUUCGAUUUGAAAUUCACCAAUAUGGGGAGCACGGCGGGAGCUAGGCAUGGCUUACUCCUUAACCUGACUUCGGUCCUGCAAUCUCUGAGACGAUCCGACCUUGCUGAGACUGGGAAAUGGCUACUGAAAGAAGGAAGAAAUCUAUUCAAGCUCGAGAAGUUGACUGGCAAACUGGACGGUAGGGUGACAGCGGAUGUUGAGCUUGUCAUGGAAGCGAUCUCUUCUCUGAUCGGCCAGAUGUGCCGGUGUCUUGCAGUUAUCAAGGCCGACCCUCAAUCUCUGCAGGAGCAGGACUGGACACCGUUGGCCCAGGACGUGUUGAAUCAGUGUACCGCGGCCAGUGGGAAAGACAUAGUCGUCCAAGCGGGCGCCGAAGCGUACCUAGAGCUAUUCAAGCUGCUCCCGAAUCCUGCUCGUGUGGACUUGAUCGAAAAGUGGCUCGACAGCAAAUCACAAUCUCCUGCAGCUUUUACAAGCAAAGGUCGGAUUAGGACUCUAAGCCUUGUUCACGCUUAUCUGGCCCAGACGAAAUCUCAUCAUGACCUCCAGCAAGCUGUCCUGUCGUACAUCAUCAGAAUUAUUGAAGGUAACUAUAGCAUCGAGACGAGAGUCGACGGCAUGGAUGCCCUUGGUUUCACGCUCCUCAAUCACGACGUCGCUUCCGAAACCGAUGCCAUGGCAAUAUCCGAGGUUCUUCGUCGGGGACUGACCGAUUAUACCAAUGACCAGAGAGGAGAUAUUGGCUCGACUCUUCGGCUUUCCAGCAUCGACGCGGUGGACACGUUUCGCAGCCACAAAGGUGCUUUCUCGGGCGAAGUCUUGCAAAACGUGAUGCCGCUGGUCGUCAAGCUCGCUGCCGAGAAGCUGAACAAUGUGCGUUUUCGAGCUUGGAAAUGCCUGGAAGGGUAUUGGAAAGCAACUCCAGACUUUCCAACGUUGAGAAGCACUUUCCAACACCUUGCCGACGUAUCCUCCAUUUCCUACUUUCGACAGCUGCUGGAACUGCUGCCAAACAAGGCGUUCCGGGAGGAUCUGUUUCUGGGCCUUGUCUCAUCAGCCACAGCCGGCACAGAGGACAUAUGCCGUGCGGCUAGCAGCGCGUUUGUGGCGUACAUGCAACAUCUCGACAAAGUCACAGGUGCUGGCGACCUGGGUAAUGCAAUAUCCCGGACCAUUCUGGAUAAGCUCGACGCAAGUGCCUUACAAGACGACCGACAUCUUGUUCCUCUGCUCGAGUUUUUGUGCUUCAUGCUCGACCAGGACCUGUUCUAUGCAGAGCUCAAUGAUGCACGGGACAUUUGGGCAAUCAUGCAAAAGGUGCAUGGCCCAUCGUCAAGUCUCUCAAGAGUAGAAGCUUCUUUGAACUGCUACUCGAGACUAUUGAUGAUUGAGAAGUAUCGAACAAGGGCACUUGACAAGCUGACGCGCCAGUUGCUUCAUCGAUGGCCGAAGGUCCGAAACACGGCAGCCGACGUACUGUACCUUGACAGUCCAAUCCAGACACUGGCUUCCUGCGACUGGGACGAGCCCAUCGUCAAGACCAAGCCUGUUGUUCUCGAAUUGAGGAGGCAACUUGGGGUUGCGGGAAAUGCCACAGUCAAGUAA